CCGGCCUGCAUGUUGGAAAAGGCUUCAAACUCUAAAACAAAACGCCUAUUUAGAGGCUCAACAACUUCUUCGAAGGCCUAUAAUCACCAGUUAUAACAGUUGUUCACCUGCUAGCACUAAGCCUAAACCACUACAUAGGAAUUUUGAAGCCAUUACAUUACAAUUCGAUAGUUACAAGUAAAAAGGUUUCAGCAGUAAUUUCGCUUCUCUGGCUAUGUCCCUUUGUAACUGUUGUAAGCAUGUGUGCAGCAUUUGACAGCGAAGGAACUUUGCAAAAUAAUUUUAUAAACAAUAUUGCUGAUACACCGGAGUUUAUGAACACAUUCUCCUUCAGAAUAUCGUACUCUUCGCUAUUUUUCGUGCCGAUUUUUAUCAUGGUAGUCUGCUACACACACAUACUUUUUGUGGUCAAGAAACAGCAAAACAGGUGGAAUAAUUUGUCAAGAAUCGGAAGUACCAGAAUUAAAGGAAAACCUAGUCAAAAGCUCAGUCGUGAACGCAAGCAGCUAGAAGGCAACGUCAGAGCCAUCUACACAACUCUACUUAUAUUGGGAUCCUGUUUUCUCGGUUGGGCUCCAGCUCUACUUAUGUACACUUUAACCUGCAUAUCAGGCUGCUACAUUGCAGGCAAAGACUUGGAAGAUUUGAAUUGCAACCAUUUGUAUUUGGUUUUAGUGUUACGGCUCACCGAUAAUAUUUUGACGAUUUCGAAAAUGUUGGCCAACCCGAUUAUUUACAGUAUCCGGAUGAGGGAAAUUAAGGAAGGUACACAUAGGAUGUUUCUGGCAAUAGCUGGACUUUUUUGCAAAUCGAAACGCAACGAACUGGAAGCGUCUGGAUUCUAUUACAGGUCUAGGUUGCAUAAUAGUUCGGGUGGUACUAUCCAGGUGCGGAUGACGUCGAUAAAGACUUCCAGGAAUGGCAACGAUUCGAUUAUGAACAAGGAAGAUAACACGUUUUUGUAACUGGCUGAACUGAAUGAGAAGUUGUUGUAAAUAUGAUUGUCUAAUAAUAUUGUCUAUUAUAAUUUAAUUUAUGUACAUAAACAAAAAAACUUUUGAGGGGAAAUAAAGCUUCUAAUACUAGGAUAAUGGUAGUAUAUUAAGUGACACGGUACCUAAGUCAAGUGGCACUUUGCUAAUUGGAUGGAAUGUCAUUCCUAUUGACAAUGCGAUAACUUUUUAAUAUUGUUAAUUUUCAAGCUUGGUCAUACAAAAGUUGAUUUUUUCCUAUUCUAUAUAUUUAUUUUAUGCUGUAUCAUAAAACACACUUUUACGUAAGUACCUAUUUAGUAUAAGUCAGGAAAAUGAACUUUCACAGUACUAGUCUGGUCAAAAUUAAACUCAAACUGACGUCAGUACUAGUUUCCACCACGUAGGUACUUAGUACUUUACAUAAUUUACAGGUGUACUAUGCAAAUUCAAAAUACAUUAUUAUUGCAAAACAUUACUUUCAACAAAACAAUAUAAAAUAGAAUAUUGUUGUUUUAAACUUCCAUACAUCUCACUCAUACUGUGAAAGCUUGUUUUCCAAACUUAUAACGUAAAGGUUAUUUUUGAUAUUUUAACGAAAGCCAAAAAAUUAUAGUCCGUUUUGUUGAGUCCAAUUUUAUUCACAUCAUUACUGCACUAGUGCGGUAAUAUUUAACACAUUCGUUCAUAACAUUACAAUAUUUUUAAUUGUCGCUGAUUUUUUUUUGUAAUUUAUUAAUUUUAAAAUCAAGACUGACUAAAAAUAAAUGUGAAUAUAUAGAAGUAUAGCUGAAAGGUAUAUAACAUAACUAAAUUUUAAAAAAUUUCUGUCUUGUUUUAUCUGUGCAAAUAUAAGAUUUCCAAUGUUUUUUAAUGUGAGCUUUAUAGUAGAAAUAAAUAUCUAGUCAAUGAUAAAUGUUAUUUUGUAAAAUACAGAAUCUAUGCUUAUAGCAAUUGUAUAUAGAGUCCAAAAAACCCUAAGACACUAUGUGCAAAUAAUAUUUAAAGUUUAGAUAUAAUAUUAUAGGUUUAGUUAACCUUUGUAUAAAAUAUUUAAAUAAUAAAUACACUGCUGUUUU